UUGCUUGGGGUGAGCGAGCGGUAGGGCUGAGUUUCUUUGGAGAAGAAAAGCCCUAGGAUGGCAGGCAAAGGAAGUAGCAGAGCAGACUCCAUGUCCUGCAGUGUACUGAACUGGGAGCAGGUCAGCCGUCUGCACGAGGUUCUUACAGAGGUGGUUCCGAUCCACGGGCGGGGGAACUUCCCAACGCUGAAGGUAACCCUGAAGGACAUUGUUCAGACGGUUCGGAGCCGGCUGAGCGAAGCGGGCAUUGUGGUCCACGAUGUCCGUCUGAAUGGCUCUGCAGCUGGUCAUGUCCUGGUCAAGGAUAAUGGGUUGGGAUGCAAAGACCUGGAUCUCAUUUUUCAAGUUUCUCUUCCAAAUGAGGCAGAGUUUCAGUUAGUUCGAGAUGUGGUCUUGCGAUCCCUCUUGAAUUUCCUGCCGGAAGGUGUAAGCAAGCUGAAAAUCAGUCCUGUAACACUGAAGGAAGCCUACAUCCAGAAGCUGGUCAAAGUGCACACAGAGACUGACCGUUGGAGCUUGAUAUCGCUUUCCAACAAGCAUGGCAAAAAUGUGGAGCUUAAGUUUGUAGACUGCAUACGACGACAGUUUGAGUUCAGUGUGGACUCGUUCCAGAUCAUUCUGGACUCCCUGCUCUUUUACUAUGACUACUCAGAAACCCCCAUGUCGGAGCACUUCCAUCCAACUGUGAUUGGAGAGAGCAUGUAUGGAGACUUUGAAGCAGCUUUUGAUCACCUCCAGAACAAGCUGAUAGCUACCAAAAAUCCUGAAGAGAUCCGAGGUGGUGGAUUACUGAAGUAUAGUAACCUCUUAGUACGAGACUUCAGGCCCAUGGAUAAAGAUGAGAUCAAAACAUUGGAGCGCUACAUGUGCUCCCGAUUCUUCAUAGACUUCCCAGACAUCCUGGAUCAGCAGCGCAAGCUGGAGACUUACCUCCAGAACCACUUCUCCAAAGAAGAGAGGAGCAAGUACGACUACCUCAUGAUUCUGCGCAGGGUGGUGAAUGAGAGCACUGUGUGCCUCAUGGGACAUGAGCGAAGGCAGACUCUCAAUUUGAUUUCUCUGCUGGCACUCAAGGUGCUGGCAGAACAGAAUGUCAUCCCUAAUGCCACUAAUGUAACCUGUUACUACCAGCCAGCACCUUAUGUCAGUGAUGCAAACUUCAGCAACUACUACCUUGCAAAUGCCCCUGUGCUGUAUAGCCAGUCCUACCCUACUUGGUUGCCUUGCAACUGAUCGCUUCCCUUGAGGGCUCCUGGGUGGAGGCUACUGAAAGCCAUAAUGCUGAGUGUAAAUGUAAACAAGUAAUAAUGUCAGUUGGAUGUUCUCUAAUGGAAACAUGACUGUAUCAGACUGUCCAUUUCCUGGUGUGCAGUGGGAUUAUGCAGCCAGGUGACCUGCUAUGAACCUUUCAGUGUAUUUCUACAAAUGCCAAAAAGCCUUAUUACCUCUUCAUCAGGGAGAAGAGAACCAGCAGCUAAAUGUUAAGAGGAGUAGUUAAGAAACUUUGUACUAGCUCUGGAAGUGGCUGUUAACAUGUGAUCUAAGUGGAGUAUUCAGUAAACUGGGUUGGUUAAUCGACUGUAAAAUGCCUUAAGCAGAAGCUGCUCCUGGAGUAGUGGCAAAACUCUUUCCAUUCCCUAACCUCAUUACUCUUCCUCAGUCGAAGUUCUGUCCAAAUUUCUCUUGAACUAAUGGUGCCAAGACUGGGCUCAUGUUAUGCUUGGGCUGCUUUUACUUAGUGUCUGUGUAGAGCUGGUAAGAGUAUGGAUACUGUCUGUCUUGUAGAGGACAUAAAUGUUGCUUCCUGUCGUGCCUAUGGAUAUGUGAUCCUGCCUGGAGUUCAAGAUUAAUUUCUUGCAGUUGAACACAGUUUAGUAAGUCUAUUUAUAAAGCAUAAACUGGUUAAAUUUUUCUUGACUACAAAAACUUGGAAGGUGGCAUUCCUAAAUACACACCAAAACACAAUCUAAAACUUGGUAAUGUGAAAAGUCCUUGAAUUGAGGAAUUGAAGCUUUAAAUAGAAUUGGAUCCACAGUUUGAACACUUAACUUGGAAAAAGAUUUUUUACUCCAGCAUAAAGCUAAAGCCUUUCUGAAUAUCUUUCAAAACAAUUUCAGCACAGUUGGAAAGUAGAACAGCUCUUACUUUGGGGUUUGACCAGAUUUUCUUCCUCACAUGUCCACAGUAAAACCAACAAAAACCCUAAACAAAAAUCCCAAGCCACUAUAAUUUGCAGGAUUAUGUGCACUCCUGCCUCAGUACAAAUUCUAAAAGUGCCUCCUAAAAUGAAUUUCUUAUUGUACAACUUCAGGCAGGUCCUGAAGGUUUGUCUUCCUGUCACUGCUGAAGGGUUGAGCUUACUGGGUUAUCCCUAUCACCUGGUCACUUUGAUAUGGCAUUUUGAGUGGUUAGGGUAAAAUUCUUCCUUUUUAGUGCUCUUAACCCUCACUUGAAGACAUGUAAAAGUCCUAAGCAGCGCUCUCCCAGGACCUGUAUGUAUUGAAAGUCCGGGCCUCAGUUCAGAAUAGUCUCUGGGAGAGUGUGCACUCUCUUGUAGGUACAGGGGGCUGAUCUUUGUCAAGGGUAUGUGCUGAACUUGCUGCUUUGAGACUCCUGGGCUUUAUAAGGAAGGUUAAAAAUUCUUCAGUUAUUUAUAUAGUGGUAUUAUUAACUGGAUGAUUUUCACUGGAUUAUAAUAGUAAAAUACAUAUAGCAGUGAUCAUGAGUUUCUUUUGUUUAACUAGAGACAUAGACUAGAAAGGCAAAUAGCGCUAUUAUUAUGUGCUGAUGCAAUGUUCAAAAAUGCUUUUUCACUGAAUCUUUUUGAUUACUUCUAUAACUAUUUAUUACUAUUCUGCAAGCUUGUAAGACCAAAGUGCCUCAUCCAACCAAUGAUUAAGGCUUAGAAGGUAAAGAAGAAAGCAAGUGGAACACCAAUGUUUGGUUGCUAUUCAGUGUGGAAAACAGCAGCAAUGCUGUGCUUAAAUGACAGUAAAAAUUGCCUGCUCCUCAUAAGAUCAACAAGUUCUUUCCAGUUUUCAUAACUACUUCAUAAAGACUGUCUCAACAGAGCAGCGAGGCUACUGCUCUGCUCAGAUUUAGCUCAGGAAGGCAGGGAGGGAUGUGAUCUACAAAGUGGACUGUAUGUAGCCAAGGAGGCUUGGCUUAAUUUCCUGAACAGUUUUGAUAGUAGCUUUGGUAGCAAAAAGACAAGUAAUUUGGUGGAUUAUAUUGUGGGGUUUUUUUUCAUUAAAGACUUCCUGAUUAGUCAGCCAAAGUAGGUAAACUUGAAAGAAAACCUGGUCUUUUUCAUGAACUGUGGCUUGGACUUGGUGUGGUUUACAGACAAGACAUCUGUCAUCCAAGACUUUGACUUUUUUAAAACAUGAUACCAGUGUUGUCAUAUGUGUUAAACUUAGUUCAAGUUUACUGCUGGAAUGCAAUCCUAGGCAAGAAUAACUCCUGCAUGCAAAGCAAUACUUGGCCUAGUAUAGAGUGUCACUAGAAAGAAGACUUAAGAGUUUGUAAUUGCUGUCAUCUCUUGCAUAGAUGUGUAUGAAGCCAACCUAUGCUAUAGCCAUUGCAGAAGUGAACCGUUGCCUAGAGGGGCUUAGAUUCAGGUAUCUGCCUUCUAUGAUGUCAUGGCUGAUCUUUAGGAACUGUUUUUGUGCAUUGGCUCACAUGGAAGAAGUGGUGAGAUGCUUGGGAGAAGUCCUCACAAGCUGGAAACACAGACUUGUUUUAUUAGUCUUUAAUGCCUUGGCUGCUGAACAUCAGGCCUGGAAAAAGAAAUGCUAGAGAAGGAAAAAAGGCUGAAUUGGAUUCCUAGUGUGAUGGAGCUAUGGAGAAGUUAAGUUUCCUGACAUAAUUAUUGUGCUUUUGCUGAUGUAACUUGAUGCUGAAGCCUCUGAGGAAGUUCCACAUUGAAUUGCUGCUCUCUGAACAGCUGAGUGCCUGGGUUUAAGCCUUGCAGAAUUCUUGUGUUCCCUGUCUGGUUGUUAAGAUACUCUGGCACGUAGGAAAUUCUGAUGCUUUCUAACUCAGCUCUUAGAUACUAAACUCUCAAAUGGUUAAAUUGUAUUCUGAAGCUGCACACUACCUGCUGCUUUGAUGCUGGAGUACCCGGGAUUGCUGGGACACUGCUUGUCCCAUUGCCUUCAAAAUAAUCCUGGCUUGGCAGGUAACGCUGGUGUACUUGGUAGCUUUUCAUCACUGUGCUGCAAGUAGCCUGCCACUUUCUGUUAUGGGUUGUCCUGGCAGCUUGAUGGGUGAGAGUGGCAGUGGCUUAAUUUGCUGUGGGUUAGCUGGUUUGAGUUCAGCUUUAUGGUGACCCCUAUAGCAAGGGAUGAUUUGAGAAUGAGCACUAGGUAAAAGUGAUGACCCUAGGCCAAGUCUAGGAUGCCUGCUUGGUUCAGUCACCCCUCGGCACUAAUAAUGCCUUUGCAAACCUGUUCUAACCUCUUGUGUGUCAUGCAGAGGUUAGAGAGAAGCUACUGUACUUAAGGCUGUUACCUGAUACAUUCUCUCUGGGCAGUGGCAUUAAAACAAAGCUUCAGUAACACUCAGUGCAUCAUUCCUCAGGAUCAAACUUCUACUAAUUAGGCUGUGGUAUAAAAUAGCUGUUUUCUUCAUGUAGCUUCUAAGACAAAGCCAGUCUGAGGUUAAGCAGCUGUUCACAACAUUUACUGCCAAGUUCACCUUGACUUGCAGCUUAUCGUUGUGACUUCCUCACUGUAAGAUAGACCUUUUUUAUUUGAUAGAGAUGCUACCAAGGAGAUCUGGUAGGAGACAGUGUUUUAGUCACUUUGGUAAAAUCCUUGUGCUGAUCCAUGGUCCUUGUGACAAGUUGUAAGCUAAAGCAUAGUCCGUGCUUACUCUGCUAAAGAUUUAAUUAUUGCUGUUUGUCCUCACCUCAGUCAGCCAAUCACUAAGCUGGGGGUUUAACACUACUGCUUGCUUCUGAAUAACCAUUUUUUCAAAAGAUCCUCAUGCUUUCACAUAAAUCACCUCCUAUUACAGUAGGUAGUAUUUAAAUCUUAUCCAAAUAGCUUUAGGUAUUUGAUUUGAUUGAAACUUAAAGAUCCAUAUUUUGGAUUUGAGUUUUGGGGUUAAGCAUUUGGUAUGUGCCUAGGCAUUGUGGGUUCCUGAUUCCUAGAAUAACAGCUGAUGUUGAUAGUGAUCUCUGCUUGUCACUAUAUGAGUAGUUAGGAAAAGGCCUCUUAGAAGAGAACCUGGACAGAUUGCCUUAGUUCUAAACUCAAUGUACUGAUGGUACUUGUUUCCUGCUCCUCUCGCUCAGUCAGGAUUUUGUAAUUGUGUGGUAAUGAGCAGUAAGUGGACUACAGCCACUGGCAGCUUGGUCUAAUUUGGGCAUUGGGAGAGCCAAAUGAAUAAUAAAACUUCUAGCCCUCACAUCGAAGUCUUACUUAAUAUUUCUUGAAUACAGUUAAGUGUACUUCAUAAAUGUUCUUUAUUUUCAGUGAAGCUAGAUAUAGAGUGGGACGUUGGUCUACAGUAGAAACUUUGGGGGAAGCAGUUGGAACACUCGAGGUUUUUCUCAGUUAAAUGUCUGGAUGGGGCUUGUCUCUACAUAAAACUGCACUUUCCAUUUAAAUUUAGAAGGCCUUUUUUCCUAUGUUUCUUAUUUUUUACUAUUAAAAGAAGUCGGCUCUUGAAAAACCUGUCUCUCAUCUCUUUGGAAGAAGUGAGUUUUGAUUUGUUUUUUCUUUCUCCCCUCUCCUCUUCUUUUAGCUGGCAAAACAGGGUACUAGAAAUAUUUGGAUUUGUGAUGAGCCCAAAUGUGAGAUUGGUCACAGUAUCUUUGUCUACUGUUCUUCACUGUCACGUUCACUUGUCGUUCUUGGAAAUUGGGGUUUGGACCUUAAUGAUGCUGAAAUUCUUGUUCAAAUAAACUUAUGCUAAACAA